UAGCCAGCCAGCCAGCCAGCGCGAUCCCUAGCGUCGAGGCCCAUUCCCCCCCGCCCGCCCAUUCCACGAUCCCUCGGCCGCGGUCGGGUCGCCAUGGGAAUGGGGCCGCUCGAGAACGCCGCGGCCGUCGAGGUGCCGGUGGUGACCGCGGCGGCGGCGGGAGGGGGGUCGUACGCGCUGCUGCAGUGCGGGGAGGACUCGGCGUACGUGCGGGACGCGUACGGGGGCUACUUCGAGGUGUUCCGCGCGCUGCUGGCGGAGGACGGGGAGCGGUGGCGGGUGUACCGCGCCGUGCGCGGGGAGCUGCCGUCGGACGAGGAGGUGGCCGGCAUCGACGGGUUCGUCAUCUCCGGCAGCUGCAGCGACGCCCACGGCGACGAGCCCUGGAUCCUCGCGCUCGUGGACCUCAUCCGCCGCCAGCUCGCCGCCGGCAAGCGCGUCCUCGGCGUCUGCUUCGGCCACCAGAUCCUGUGCCGGGCGCUGGGCGGCAAGACCGGGAGGUCGUGCAAGGGCUGGGACAUCGGCGUGAGCUGCAUCCACCCCACCGCCGCGGCGGCGAGGCUAUUCGCGCCGCUCAAGAUGCCGGUGCACCUGCCCAUCAUCGAGUUCCACCAGGACGAGGUGUGGGAGCUGCCUGCUCACGCCGAGGUGCUGGCCCGGUCGGACAAGACCGGCGUGGAGAUGUUCCGGCUGGGCGACCGCGCCAUGGGCGUCCAGGGCCACCCCGAGUACAGCAAGGACAUCCUCAUGAGCAUCGCCGACCGCCUCCUCCGCCAGAACCUCCUCCUGGACUGCCAGGUGGACGUGGCCAAGGCGAGCUUCGACGUGCGGCAGCCGGACAAAGAGUUCUGGAAGAAGGUGUGCAGGGGGUUCCUCAAGGGCAGGCUCCAGCCGCAGCAGCAGAAGCAGCAACAUAAGCUGCAGCUAUAGGAGUCGGAGGAGUCGGAGCGGGCGGCAAGUCCGAGAAGAAGGCCGGUGCCGCCGGAGGAGGAGGAGGAGGAGGACAUAGUAGCGUUACUGAGCUGGGGGGGUUGCGAUUGCGAGCCUAGAAUUAAUCCUUAUUUUUCUGCUUCGGAGUUUGACAUCGUCGUCAUCAUCAUCAUCAUCUUGUACAGAAACCGCCUAUUUAAUCGAAGCAUUAAUAAAGAGCGAUCGGUGCUAA